GCUUGACAUUGAUGAGGAGGAUUUGAUUUGAACGACAAGUGCGUUUUUAAUUGUUUUGGUUAACUGUUAUAGUGGAAAACCGAGUUUGGUACUGAUUGGACCAAUGCAUCUGAAUUGCAUUUAUUUGCCAAGGAUGUUUGGAGGUUUUUUGGUUUGACGCACAUAUUCGCCAAUGGAGAGCUAUUAUUUGAACCAAAGUGACUUGUUGCCGCUGAACGAGUCGUGGUCGUCCGAGCCCAACCAGACAAAUCCCCUGAAGAGGAAUGAGGAGGUGGCCAAGGUGGAGGUGACCGUCCUGGCACUGAUUCUCUUCCUGGCGCUCACCGGUAACCUGUGCGUCCUGGCGGCCAUCCACAGCGCCAAGCACAGCCAGUCGCGCAUGUACUACUUCAUGAAGCACCUGAGUAUCGCCGACCUGGUAGUGGCCGUCUUCCAGGUCCUGCCUCAACUCAUCUGGGACAUCACCUUCCGCUUCUACGGGCCGGAUCUGGUGUGCAGGUUGGUCAAGUACCUGCAAGUGGUGGGCAUGUUCGCCUCCACCUAUAUGCUGGUGCUCAUGUCGGUAGACAGGUGCCUGGCUAUCUGCCAGCCUCUGCGCUCCCUGCACAGGAGGAAGGACCGCUUCUACGUGGUGCUCUCCUGGAGCUUGAGCAUGCUCUUCAGCGUGCCGCAAUUGUUCAUCUUCUCCCUCCGGGAGAUUGGCUCCGGGGUGCACGACUGCUGGGCCGACUUUAUCAAGCCGUGGGGUGCCAAGGCGUACAUUACGUGGAUCAGCCUGACUAUUUAUAUUAUCCCGGUGGGAAUUCUGAGCGUCUGCUACGGCCUGAUCAGCUUCAAGAUAUGGCAAAACUUUAAGCUGAAGACCCGGCGGGAGCAGUGCAUCAGCCUGACGCCCAAGAGCGGAAAAGGAGGCAGCACGUUGGCGCGCGUUAGCAGCGUCAAGCUCAUCUCCAAAGCCAAGAUGACCACCGUCAAAAUGACUUUUGUGAUCGUGCUGGCCUACAUCGUGUGCUGGACCCCCUUCUUCUCCGUGCAGAUGUGGUCCGCCUGGGACCCCGCCGCUCCACGCGAGGCCAUGCCCUUCAUCAUCUCAAUGCUGCUGGCCAGCCUGAAUAGCUGCUGCAACCCAUGGAUCUACAUGUGCUUCGCGGGUCACCUCUUCCACGACCUGCGGCAAAACUUCCUGUGCUGCUCGGCGCGUUACCUCAAGUCAUCGCAGUGCCGCUGUGAGCUUGACUUGGACUCCAGCCACAAGAGCAUCUCGUCCACCUUUGUUAUUAAGAGCACCAGCAGUCAGAGGAGCAUCACGCAGACGUCCAGCACGUGAGUGCUCAGCUGUAAAAUAUGCAAAAAACCCUUAAGACUCUUUUUGACCCAGAAGGACAUUCAUGAAAAGGAAAUAUUUAUGAUUGUAUUGACACUAUAGCCAUCUAUGGUGUAAAUAGAGAAUUAAAUAUGGCCGAGCAGAAUAUUUGAGUACAAUGAAUAUUUCCAAAACAAUUAUGGACUAAGCCAUGCUUAUUAUUAUUUGUUUUAAUCUUGUUUUUUUUUUUUUUUUUUAAACUUGUCCUAAUGAGCUGCUUAGACACAGAUAAUGGUAAAUCUGGAUGUCUUUAAAGGCUGGAGCCUUUUAAUGUGCCACAUGGGAGAUUAGUGUGCCCUUUGUAUUUGUUUAUAUUGUGUUCUUUAUUCAAAGAAUGCAGCAGGACAGAAAAGGGUUUUGCGGACAGAAAGAAAGGAAGAGCAGAGAGAAUAGUGAUACAAAUAACAUGAUUGUAUAUAUAUGCUACCUACUAUACAGUAAGUAGCAUUACUAUCUUAUUAUGACUACUUUUACCAAGGAGAUACCAUUUGGAGAGGGGACACACCAGAAGAAUAAGAAGAGGGAAGAUAGGUCAGAUUUGAGCGUGAUUGGGCACAAGCAAUGUUAGUGAGUGUAGUUGGGAACACAGUUUUUGAAUAAAUCCCCUGUGAGCAUUAAUAACUCAACAUCAUCCUUGUCACUAUGUAAUUACUAUUCCUGGGACCAAGAUUAUUUUUUUUUAUACUGGUUUGUGUCUAGUUGCACCUAGUCAUGCGUGUACCCAUUCAGAAGUGUUUGUUACUCACACUGAGACUGAAAUUGCUACAUGGAAGCCAUCGGCCUUGUGCUCCUGGCAUCCCAGGAAGAAGCGGGCUCUCUGUGUACCUCCCCAACCUCUGCCUUAGCCGAUGGAACACUGUCAUGCUUAUUUUUGUUUGUUUGUUUGUUUUAUCCUGGGAUGCAUAGUAAAGCACACAUGCACAUAUGGCAACACGUUCAAGAUCUUCACCACCUCCUGCCUAUAGUUAGAGAGGAUGAGCUCCAGCACUCUGGCGACCCUCAUGAGGAUGACAAGACAGACAAUAAAUGAACUACUAUAAGGUGUGUAACAAUUUAUUUUAACAACGGUUUUAAUUGAAUCACAAUUUAUGGUUGUUGAUUCAAUUCAGUUUGUUUGCAACCAGCCAAUCCUAAUCAUUUGAGUGCCGAGAAAACAAUUCAGUAACCUUUAGCCCAAAAUUCGACCAGUAUGAUUGUGAACUAAAUACCUGGAUCCUGGACAGUACAUGUGAAGAGUUCUGAUUUCUUGGUUGUUACUUGUAAGGAACUCUGGUUAAAUUAAUUACAGAUGUAAUAAAUAAACAAAUAAUAAUAUUAAUUCCCAAAGAAUACUUUAUUAAAAAAAAAAAAAAGUGCAACGAACAUCAAUUUUACCUUGGUCUAACAGUCAAUUUACCUGAUAUUUCUCCUGUUGUUCGUCAACAUAUAAGUAAAACAAAUACAAAAAUAAAACCCACACUGUUUCAGGUUGGUAGUCAUGUGGGUUACACAAAUACUAUGUUACUGUUGCAGGGAUCCAAUUUGACUCGAAACGGGGUCAUUUUGUUAAUAAUAUUUGAAACACUGCAAGUAGAUGUUUCCUCUAGUCGUUCCUGUGCAAUCAGUAAAUUAUCACAUUUUGUUGUUAUUGUAUUUUUAUUUAUUUUUUAAAAAUAUUUUUGGUCACUUUUUCACCACACUUAAAACCAGUUAUUGGUGAUUGCACAGUAAAGUACAGUUGUUAAUUACUAAUAUAGGAGAAAAUUACAGUAAUUACGGUAAAUAUUUACUUUGAGGGUCAAUUUAUAUUGCGUAGCCCUAAAACUUCAAGUUUGUUGUUACUAUGUUCCUGUAAAAAAAAAAAAAACAGUUAAUGUAGAGUCCAGUUUUUGUAAUAUUUGAGGAAAUAAUCUGCAAGAAAAAGUGUCUCGUUGCGGGGGCAUCAAUAAAACAGAAGGAAGAAAAUAGAUGAAAACAAGUGCAGAGUUGUAGAUGCAGUGUGUCAUAUUUAAUUUUGUGUGCUGACUAGAAAAUAAAUGGUAUAAGGAGAGGACAUUUUAGUACUAAUUUCUACACCAAUACAUUGCUUUACAUUAAAUCAUUGAAGUCCACAUUUACACUUUAGGGUUAUAUCUCUUCCCGAGGACACUUCGACAGUGGGGAGUUGAAGCCAGAUUUGAACUGCUGACACGUGGUUUACUGGACAAUCUGCUGCACCACGACUGCCCCAGGCUUAGCACAAUAUAUUAAAACUGUGUCUUGGAAUUACAGUGGUACCUCGACACAAAAUCGCUUCGGCAUACUAUUGUAUCGACAUCUGAUGUAAAAUUUGAUUUGUUCGGCAUAUGAUGACAUGCUCAAAAUAUGACGAUUUAUGACAGCGUCACAAGUUUGUUACUUUCCCGCAAGACGGACGCAGGGUGGAUUUUUAUGUGAGAGAACUCAACAUGAGUCCCAAAAGGUUAGUUGCAGAUGGUGAAAAAAGGUGACGCUUACCAUUGAAAUUAAGAAGGAAAUAUGAGCGUAGUGUGCACAUCAGUGAACUGACUUGACAAUACGGCCGGAAUAUGUCUAUGAUCUCGGGAACGGCUCUCAUUAUUAUUAUUAUUAUUAUUAUAUUAUUAUUAUUAUUUUAUUAUUGUUAUUGUUGUUGUAACAUUGGCAAGAAAGUCACCAGGUUCGUCAGGUUUUUAAUAAAUUAUUUCAAACUUGUGCAACACAACAUGACUAAUGUCCGCAUUAGCCGACGGCAACAACAACAGAACAUGAAAAGAGAAGGUAAACUCUUCACACUCUAACGCACCUUUCUCACUCUCGCGUCAGACACAUGGUGCGUUCAGGAUCAGCAUGCAAAACACAACUGCGCCAUUAGAACCCAGUUCAUUUCAUUAUUAUUAUUAUACAGUGGUACCUCAACAUAUGAUCGCUUCGACACACGAUCUUUUCGACAUCCAACGUAAAAUUUGACUCGCUGUUUAUUUCUGCAUCUGACGAUACGUACGAAGAUUUAUAAUAGCGCCGCAGUUUCUUUGUUUUCCCGCAAGGCGGACGCAAGACUGAUUUUCUUGUGAGAGAAAUCAACAUAGGUUCCAACAAUGUUAGUGCAGGUGGUGAAAAAAAAGGAAAAAGUUGAGGCUUACCAUUGAAAUGAAGACGGAAAUUGUGGAAAAAUAUGAGCCUGCUGUGCGCGUCCGUGAGCUGGCUCGACAAUAGAGCCGUAAAAUUUCUACCAUCUCGGCGGUCCACCUCCGUUCACCUGUCUUUAUAAGUUAAGGUGACAAUUAUUAUUGUGGUAAAAUAGCCAAAGAAAUCGCCAGCUUUGUCAGGUUUUUAAUCAUUUAUUUCAGACGUUGUGCAACACAACAUGCCUACUGUCAGCCGCAGCUGACGCCUUCGACAGAACAUGAAAAGUGAAAGUAAAAAGUCCUCUCUCUCUCUGUCAAGUCAGCCACGCGGUGCGUUCAGGUACACAACGCAAAUACAUCCCCCACAUUAGAACCCAAUUCGUUAUAUUAUUACAGGUAUAAUUAUUAUUAUUAUUAUUAUUAUUACUACAGAUGUCCCGAUCGAUCCCGAUCGAUUGGGUCCCAUCACGUCAUUUUCAAAGUAUUGGAAUCGGCAAAAAAAUAUCGGACAUGCCUUUUUUAAAUAUAUAUACCGUAUAUUUUUUAAUUAAAUCAAUUUCUAAUUGUUUUUAACGUUACAGACAUAAUAUGUUACACUCAUCCAGAGUCUUUAGUUUAGGCUUAA